AUGAGACUCAUCUUUCAAACAUGUUCAGUGAUCUUCACACUCACCAACCUGGUGGCUUCUCAGUCACAAUCUCCUGGUCUGAAACAUGCCAUCAGCACCAAAAUAAUAAAUUUCAAUAAUGAGAAGAUGCAGAUCACAUGGGCAGCAAGAGAACUAUUUCCCAGUGAGAAUGUGUCAUUUUCUUAUACAUUUGAUGAAGGCAAGCACAAAGUUUGGAAGCCAUGUCCCACCUAUUUAUUUGAUCAAGAUUAUAAUUCUGGAUGUCUUUUUAAGACAGAAGGGCCCACCCUUGCCAUCUCUAUCAGGAACAGCAAUGGAAGUGAAGAGCUUUUUUCUAAAAGACUAAAAUCUGAUUUUUAUAUAAAGCCUAAUCGACCAGAAAAUGUGACCUUCUUCUGGAAAGAGGACACUGUUACUGUAAGCUGUAAUAAACCAGAGCGAGCUGUGAAGUGCUUGAGACUGGAGCUUCAAUACAAAAGCAAGUUUGACAAAGACUGGCAAUCCAGAACUUCUAAGUGUUGCAGUGUUGGAGAGCAAGGCUUUGAUCCAAGGAAAUGCUAUUCUUUCCGGGUCAGACUGAAGAGGCUAGUACCCUACUGCAACGUAGUUAAUUACAGCAGUGACUGGGAAGCAGAAACGUUUUGGAAGAAUGGCACAUUAUUAGAUUCAUGUGAUGAUGAUAUAAAAUCUCAGUCAAACACAGUAAUUGUUUUAAGUUGUUUGCUGGCAGUGCUUCUAAUGAUACUUAUCUUCUUGAUUCUUCUGUGUAAAUGGCAGAGGCUUCAGAAGUCAGUCAUGCCUGCUAUACCAGAUCCAAAAUACAUAUUUGCUGAUCUCUUCAAUGAUCAUAAUGGAAAUUUCCAGGAAUGGAUAGACAAAGCUGAUCAUGCAGUGGUGCAAACCAAGCUAGAAUAUGAAGAACCAGAGUGCAUCAUUGAGGCAGAAAGCCAGCAAGAGGAUGAGAAGAACAGUGAUAAACAGGGGUCUCGGGAAAAAAUACUCACUUUUUCAGGAGCACCUGAAAAUAAUGACUCCAACGCAGCUCAGACUGCCUGCCUGAUGCCAACAUCCAACACUAUAGCUACUUUUGCUGGCUUUCACAUUUUAAUGAAUGACGACAUGUAUGUGAUGUUAUAA